AAAGAACAUGUCGGACCAGACUGUUCACAGCUGAAAUUUGUCGCGCAGUAAGAAGUUCGUUUGUUGUUAAACGUGUAUGUAAAAUAUAUAAAAUCAUACAAAAUGAACGGUGAAGGUGGUGACGAUAAUUGGUUAACGGGUUGGGAACAACAGUGUGCAGAUUCCUUAAGUGAACAACCAAAUUUUGAACAGAACUUGAUAACAGAAUCCAGUAAUUAUCAAACUAGAAUAUGGUCUUCCUUUCAAGAUUCUGCAACAGCCGUGGCACAGCUAUAUCGAGAUAGGUACUCAGGGGAACCAACAGCUAUUUGGGUACAAUUUCAAACGGCAGCAGGAACUGUUACUUCCUUAUACAGAGAAUCAAGUGAAAGCUUGAGAAAAACGUCCGAAGUGGCGAAACAAAGCGGUUACCAAAAAAGAAACAAUGAAAUAUUCAACUGGGCGAAGAGGAAAAGGCGUCUGAUACGGAGGGAAGAUCUCUUGGCAUAUCUGGCUGGUAAACAUCCCCCUCCGCCCAGUAGACAGAGUCACCAUCAUCAUUCACAUCACAGACUGUCUCCUAGACCGCCAAAUAUGUCUGCACCAUCUCACAUACAUGAUGAUGAAGCGAUCGUCGUGGAUCCGAAUCUACGCACCUUCAGGGACGCCUUAGUCACUUCCCCCUUGUGUGCCUUUAUCACUGGAGAAAUGGCGCGUCACACAAAGAGAGCCGCCAGUCCCUCUGACGUCACAAUGGGAAGUCCCACUCAACACAAGAAACCUCGGUAUAUGUGAAAUUUAAAAAAGAAAGUAAAAACGUUGCUGGUUGUCUGCUGCCUUAAGUUAUCAGUUGCAUAAAAAAUUAUGGUUGUAGCAUAACUACUUUAGGAGGAUUAUAUCGAUGAUCACCAAUUGAUAUACUGUCAUGGUUAACAGCCGAAAAUAUUAUACAAUCCAUUAGCGGAAUCAUACUACAAACACAGGAAAAAUGCAGACUAUUUUAGAUCGGAGGUCAUUAUCAAAAUAUGUCUGACAUAACAAUGAUUGAGGAGUACUGAAAAGUGGGUUAGAUGUAGAUUAUUUUUUUUAUGAAACUUAGGUACUCCUAUAUCCUAUGAAGUAUUUUUAUAAGGAAUUAUAUAUUCAAUUGUGUAAUGAAAUUCUCUGAUAUUUCAGGUUUUAUAAGAAGUAUAAUUUUCAGAAAUUGAUGUUUCAAACGUAAUAUAGAUAGUUAUUUUAUUAUAACUACGUCCAUCUGUUUGAUCAAAGAUACUAAAUGUAAGAAUAUUAGAAAUCAGUAUUUUUGCAAUUGUCUUCAUUAUUGUCACUGCUGGGCACACAAAUCUCUUCCACUGUUCUCUUUCAUUAAUUACAUUUCUUCCUGUUUAUUAGAAGUUAUUGAGAGUAAUUCUUAAUGAUUUGUUUAUUUGGUGCUAAUUUUAAUUAGACGAAUUUAUUUUAUCAAAUGGUAUAAAAGUAUAACGGAUAAAACAAGUUAAAGGUGACCUGUUCGCGACAUGUAAGGGCAUGUAUUAAUGAAUUAGAUAGUAAAUGUUUAUUCAAUUUUCUACAGUAUAAAUAUAUCGGCUGUAUAGCAUAUAUUAUGCACUCUAGACAUGUAAUAUGUGUUGCAUAUACCUUACAGUGACCUCCAAAUUAUGUUAUAUUGUUAUGUUUGAUACUUCCAUCGUAUUCCUACUCGUGUAAUCUUAAUACUUUUAAUCAGGUUAUUAAACUAAGUGGUUUUAUUCCAUUCUCGUCCAUAAUUUUUAACAAUUCUGAGCAGAAGUCGACUGGUCCUGCAGCUUUGUCUUUCUUGGCGUCUAUAACUGUCUUCGAUAAAUUUCUGUUAUCUUCAAAUAUUUUAUUAUACAUCUUUUGUCUAUAUUGUUUUAUUUCUUCAGUGUCAGUUACCAAAUUCCUUCGAAUAUUUAGUUA